UGCUGAAAACAAGAUGGCUGUGCGCGUGCGAGCGGAGGACUGACGAGCGAAGCUUGCACGAGACGUCCCGAGCAGAGCAGACAGAGAAGCCCGCGCGCCUGAGAGGGAGACACUAAACCCAGAAGAUUCUGAGCUGAAAAUCCUCUCAUCUUUUUUCUUCUACACAAAAAGCGACGGGGCAGAAGUGUGUGUGUGUGUGUGUGUGUAUGUGUGUGUGCUGAACCCGGGGCGUGUGUAAACCGGACAUCACCGAAUCACAGCACGUCCAGGCUGUCCCGUUCUCGACCGGCGAUCUGGUAGAGGACAGCGGAGGACAGCAAAAACACACCGAGCCUCUGAGAAGCGAUGUCACUUCUGUGUGUUGGGGUGAAGAAAGCCAAGCUCGAUGGACCCCAAGAGAAGUUUAACACGUAUGUGAGUCUGAAGGUACAGAAUGUUAAGAGCACGACGAUCGCAGUGCGGGGCAGCCAGCCAAGCUGGGAGCAGGACUUCAUGUUUGAGAUAAACCGGCUGGAUCUGGGGUUGACAGUGGAGGUGUGGAAUAAAGGGCUGAUCUGGGACACCAUGGUGGGCACCAUCUGGAUUCCGCUGCAGAGCAUCCGCCAAUCAAAUGAAGAGGGUCCAGGGGAGUGGCUGACUCUGGACUCCCAGGUCAUUAUGGCCGAUAAUGAGAUCUGCGGCACCAAAGACCCAACGUUCCACCGAGUGCUCCUUGACACACGCUUCGAACUGCCACUGGAUAUCCCUGAAGAGGAAGCUCGCUACUGGGCUAAGAAACUGGAACAGCUCAAUGCCAUGAGAGACCAGGAUUACUCAUACCAGGAGCAGCAGGAGAGGCCACUUCCUGUUCCCGGGAACCAAUGCUGUAACUGGAAUUUGUGGGGAGACCAGCAGAACGAGGACCCAGAUAGCGCAGUGGAUGACCGGGACAGUGAUUACCGCAGUGAGACAAGUAACAGCAUGCCACCACCAUUCUACAGCACAUCACAGCCCAACGCCUCGGUCCACCAGUAUCCCAUGGGUCAGCAGCAUCGCUCCAACCGAGCCACCUACACUCGCUCUAUCCACAGCUGUGACAUCAUCGACUACGACCACCAGAGAGCAAUCAGUCCGGCAGGAAGCUAUGCAUCAUCAGCAGAGUUAAGCCAUUGCAGCUCACAGCUAAGUGAGGAAGAGUAUGGUGAGCGGGAGCUGUAUGAUGAGAAUGACUCCUACCACUCAUGCCACUCAUCCGUCUCCUACAGCAAAGGCUCUCCCGACUGGGAACCAGACGAGACAACAGGUGCCUACAGUGAUGAGGGUGCCUACAGCAAAGAUGGUGGUGAGGAAGGUGCCCUUUAUGAAGAAGAUGGUGACCCAUAUGCUGAAGAUGCUGACUUGUACGAGGGUGAAGAGGAGGACUUCAACUAUAAUGAUGAAGAUCUGUACCCUGUGGAUGAGGCUCUCAGCGAAGAUCAGGAGCCUUCAUACACCCCAACCCCUACCAGCACUGCACCCAAAUUGGCUGUGCCAUCAACCUCCAGGCCACCACUGGAGAAACAGGCAUCCUUGCAUCAGCAACCACCAACACAGCAGGUGCCACAGGGCCAGAAUGCAAACCAGAUGGCCGGUCCAGCUCCUACACACCCAACAAAUCAAGCUCCUACCCAACCACCACCAACAAAUCAAGCUCCAAACAAACCAAACCAUACACAGCAGCAGGCCAGACCACCUCUCCAGCAACAGCAUUCCACAGGUCCCAUCCCAUCUGUCCAGUCCUUCUUUGCUAUGGCUAAACCUCUAACUGCUGUUUUUGGGUUGGGUGGAUCUAUGUCAAUGUCCUCACAGCCUCCUGCACCCACACCCCAACCCCAAAGACCACAACCACAACCUGCAGCACCUCAGCCCCAAGCUGCACCAGUCCAACCUCCAGCUUCUGGAGUCCAGCAAGCAGCUCCAAUUACAGCCAAACCCACAGAAUCCCCAACCCAGCCUCCUACAACCACUGCUCAACCUUUAUCCCCUGAAGCCAAGCCAACCACACCAACAGAGGAAACACAGGUCAUUGAGGAGCCACCAGUGCAAGAUCAGCCACCUCCAAAGGAUGAGGAGAUUCUGGUAGAAGGGUCUCCUUUGGAGGAAAAAGAGAGAGAGGUCACCCCUCCAACACCACCACCGGAGGAGAAGGAACCAGAGCCUGAACCAGAUAGAGAGCCAGAAGUUGAGGAGGUGAAGGAGCCCAUAGACCCAGCAGUACGAGCUAAAGAGAACUGGCUACGGCUCUUCAACAAAGUCCGACAGCAGCUGCAGGAGGAACGGGGAGAAACAGAUUCUCAGUCUCUUUGGUUUGGAAAGGGCGGAAUGGGAGGAGCUUUGUACAGCAUAGACAGCAUGCCUGACCUACGCAAGAGGAAAGCCAUCCCAUUAGUCCGGGACCUGGCUAUGUCUUUGGUUCAGAACUCUCGUAAAGCCGGAAUCACAUCUGCUAUGGCAUGUAGCACACUCAACAAUGAGGAACUGAAGAGUCACGUGUAUAAGAAGACCCUGCAGGCUCUGAUCUACCCCAUCUCCUGCACGACCCCCCACAACUUCGAGGUGUGGACAGCCACUACACCCACCUACUGUUAUGAGUGCGAGGGGCUGCUGUGGGGUAUCGCCCGGCAGGGUAUGCGCUGCACCGAGUGCGGGGUCAAAUGCCAUGAAAAGUGCCAGGACCUGCUCAAUGCUGACUGCCUGCAGAGAGCUGCUGAGAAGAGCUCUAAGCACGGUGCAGAAGACCGCACUCAGAACAUCAUCAUGGUCCUGAAGGACCGCAUGAAGAUCCGUGAACGCAACAAACCCGAGAUCUUUGAGCUCAUCCAGGAGGUGUUCGGCGUGGCCAAGACAACCCAUGGGACCCAGAUGAAGCAGAUCAAGCAGAGCGUUCUCGAUGGCACGUCCAAAUGGUCAGCCAAGAUCAGCAUCACAGUGGUCUGUGCUCAAGGACUGCAGGCCAAGGAUAAGACAGGCUCCAGUGAUCCUUACGUCACCGUCCAGGUGGGCAAGACCAAGAAAAGGACCAAGACCAUCUAUGGCAACCUCAAUCCUGUCUGGGACGAGAGUUUCCACUUUGAGUGCCACAACUCAUCCGAUCGCAUAAAGGUGCGAGUGUGGGACGAGGACGAUGACAUUAAAUCUCGUGUGAAACAGAGGUUCAAAAGAGAGUCUGAUGACUUCUUGGGCCAAACCAUCAUCGAGGUCCGGACUCUCAGCGGAGAAAUGGACGUGUGGUACAACUUGGACAAGCGCACAGAUAAAUCGGCCGUGUCUGGAGCCAUUCGCAUGCACAUAAGUGUGGAAAUCAAAGGAGAGGAGACAGUGGCUCCAUACCAUGUCCAGUACACCUGCCUACAUGAGCACUUAUUCCACUACACCACUGAAGAGCAGAAUGGCGGCGUGGUGAAGAUCCCUGACGCUAAAGGAGACGACGCCUGGAAAGUCUAUUUUGAGGAGACAGCGCAGGAGAUCGUGGACGAGUUCGCCAUGAGAUACGGAGUGGAGUCCAUCUACCAAGCCAUGACGCACUUUGCAUGUUUGUCAUCUAAGUACAUGUGUCCUGGUGUGCCAGCUGUGAUGAGCACCCUGCUGGCCAACAUCAAUGCUUACUACGCCCACACCACACAGUCCUCCAAUAACGUCUCCGCCUCAGACCGCUUCGCCGCCUCCAACUUCGGGAAAGAGAGGUUUGUGAAGCUGCUGGACCAACUCCAUAACUCUCUGAGAAUAGACCUCUCUAUGUACAGGAAUAAUUUCCCUGCUAGCAGUCCUGAGCGGCUACAGGAUCUAAAGUCAACUGUGGAUCUACUCACUAGCAUCACCUUCUUCAGGAUGAAGGUCCAGGAGCUGCAAAGUCCUCCUCGAGCCAGUCAGGUGGUUAAGGACUGCGUGAAGGCCUGUCUGAACUCUACAUAUGAGUACAUCUUCAACAACUGCCAUGAGCUCUACAGUCGGGAAUAUCAGACAGAUCCGUCUAAGAGUGUUCCUCCAGAGGAGCAGGGCCCCAGCAUCAAGAACCUGGACUUCUGGUCCAAACUCAUCACCCUUAUAGUUUCCAUUAUAGAGGAAGACAAGAACUCCUACACACCCUGCCUCAACCAGUUUCCUCAGGAGCUGAACGUUGGGAAGAUCAGCGCUGAGGUCAUGUGGAAUAUGUUCGCUCAGGAUAUGAAGUAUGCCAUGGAGGAGCACGAGAAGCACCGGCUGUGUAAGAGCGCAGAUUACAUGAACCUUCACUUCAAAGUCAAGUGGCUCUACAACGAGUACUGCAAAGAGCUGCCAUGCUUCAAAGGCUGCGUGCCCGAGUACCCUACGUGGUUUGAACCAUUUGUGAUCCUGUGGUUGGAUGAGAAUGAGGAAGUGUCCAAGGACUUCCUGAAUGGUGCCCUGGUGAGGGAUGCAAAGGAUGGGUUCCAGCAGACAUCGGAGCAUGCCCUGUUCUCCUGCUCGGUGGUUGAUGUUUUCUCUCAGCUGAACCAGAGCUUUGAGAUUAUCCGGAAGCUGGAGUGUCCCGACCCUCAGAUUGUUGGCAACUAUAUGAAGAGAUUCGCCAAGACUAUUGGGACUGUACUUCUGUCUUACGCUGACAUCAUUGCCAAGGAUUUUCCCAACCACUGCAAUAAGGAGAAAGUGCCUUGCAUCAUUAUUAAUAACAUCCAGCAACUCCGGGUGCAGUUGGAGAAGAUGUUUGAGGCCAUGGGAGGCAAAGACCUGAACGUGGAGGCCAGUGACUUCCUGAAGGAGCUGCAGGUCAAACUGAACAACGUCAUGGACGAUCUGAGCAGGAUCUUUGCGGUCAGUUUCCAGCCUCACAUUGAGCAGAGUGUGAAACAGAUGGGUGACAUCCUGAGCCAGGUAAAGGGUGCUAACGUUCCUACUAAUGGAAACGGCAGCCUCACACAAGACGCCGACAACGUGCUUCAGCCCAUCAUGGACUUCCUGGACAGCAAUUUGACCUUAUUUGCAAAGAUCUGUGAGAAGACAGUGCUGAAGCGGGUCCUCAAGGAGCUGUGGAAGCUGGUCAUGAACACCAUGGAGAAAACCAUUGUUCUUCCCCCACUUACUGACCAAACAGGCACACAGCUCAUCUUCAAUGCUGCUAAAGAGUUGGGUCAGCUCUCCAAGCUAAAGGAGCACAUGGUGCGAGAGGAAGCUAAGGCACUCACCCCCAAACAGUGUGCAGUUAUUGAGCUGGCACUGGACACCAUAAAGCAAUACUUCCAUGCUGGUGGUGUGGGCCUGAAGAAGACAUUUUUGGAGAAAAGCCCGGACCUGCAGUCUCUGCGCUACGCUCUGUCACUCUACACACAAGCCACAGACAAACUCAUCCGCAAAUUCGUCCAGUCACAGCACAAUCAGGUUCACGGAGGUAAAGGGGUGAGGUGCACUCCUAGUGAGGAUGUGUACCCAGAGAAGGCCUCGGGUGUGGAUGACGCAGUGGGAGAGGUGUGCAUGACCGUGGAGAUCCUCAGCGACCCCAACACUGGAGGACACAAAAUCAAUGUUAAAGUGGUGGCAGCCAAUGACCUGCGCUGGCAGACUCAGGGCAUAUUCCGGCCCUUCGUAGAGGUCUACAUUAUUGGACCUCACCUCACAGACAAGAAGAGGAAGUUUGCCACCAAGUCCAAGAACAACAGCUGGUCCCCGAAAUUCGGAGAGUCCUUCCAAUUUGUCCUGGGCAGUGAGCUGGGCCCCGAGGGCUACGAGCUGCAGGCGUGUGUGAAGGACUACUGCUUUGCACGAGAGGACCGUACAGUUGGCAUGGCUGUGCUGCAGCUAAAAGACCUGGCAUCGCGAGGUGGUGGAGCCUUCUGGUUGCCCCUGGGCAAACGUGUGCACAUGGAUGAGACGGGCCUUACCGUGCUGCGAAUCCUCUCACAGCGCAACAAUGACGACGUGGCCAAAGAGUUCGUCAAGCUCAAAUCUGACCAGCGCUCGGCCGAAGAGGGCCGAGGGAGUUAGGAGACUGGAGAUCUGUGUCCACACUGUACACACGCACAAGAAAUGGAAAGAUGCACACACACACACACACACACGUAAACAUGAACCAUGUGAACAGGAAACAGUCAGUACAGUAAACACUGACUUGUAUAUAGACAAAUGUGAGUUAGAGAAAUACUGUUGUGCCUCUCCAGAGGCAUAAGCACUAAAGCAAUCAAACCUGAUUCAAGCAAAUAAUGAUGUCAGAGGUGUUGCUCUUUCAUCUUUGCCUUUUUUUGUAAAGGGAACUCCGCUGUGACAUCCUAAAAUGCAACAGUAUAGACACAUACAUGCCCAUUUUAUGCCCAGUCUCCUUUUUGCAUUCUAAAUCUACAGUAGAAUUAAGCAUGCUUCAAAGCUUAUAUAUAUAAAUAUAAAUUUAAAAAAACAAUAGUGAUUAACACCAUACAUAUAUCACACAUACAAAUUUUCCUACUUUUUAUCCUUUAUAAAAACAUGCCGAAGCCUUUUUGACCGUAUGUCAUAAGAAACAAUAGCCAUUACUCAGUUGUGCAGUGAGCAAAGGCAGCACUAUAACCAUGUGUUAGCGAUCCACGCAUGGCUUGAGUCGGCACAUUGCUCCUCCGUACUCUACUCUUACAUGUGUAGACCAGCAUGCUGCUCCUACCUGCUUACCCACAAUGCAUUGCUGCUUACAGGAGCUACAUGAAUUCUGUGUUCACUCUCCCUAACUCAUGUUUUAUAACCAGACAACUGUAAAAAUCCAAAACAUGAUGGGGCUCGAUAUUUUCGUGUUGUUUUGGAAACUUAACUUUGCACUUAAGCCUCUGUUGCAUGUUUUUGAGUCCAGUCCCAGUUGUGUGUUUCUAUCCGUCCGUCUGGUCCAGUCAGAACUUUCUGUUUCUGCUGUCCUCUGUUACAUUGUGCAUGAUGACGCCAAGCCACUUUAACACUGUGACUCUCUCCUCGUGCCCACCUCCGCUGCUGUGCAUUAUGGAGCUUUAGGUUGUUUGAUUUUUUUUAUCUAUGGUUCCUGGAUAUCCAAACCAAAACUGGUAGUUGGAGUGGUGAAGAUUGAAUAUGCUGUUAUAGACCUCAAAUUCAGAGUAAUGAAAAUGGGAUCCGGUGAUAUGGCAAAAAUAUCAUAAUAUUGCAGUACAAUUAAAAAUAUUGCAUAACAUUGCAAGACAAUUAACAUUAACUGAAGAGUAGGGAUGUGAUUAAAAAAAAAAAAAAAAAAAAAAAAAAAAAAAACUUUUGUAAAAAUAGAUUUUUACCCAACCAGUCAGCUGCAGUCAAUAACAGAAAUCCUAUCAAGUUAACUAAUUUUGCCUAGCUGAUUUAUGAUUUUUAGAAUCUUAUAAAUCCUGUCAGUUUAGCUCAUUUUGGCUAGCUAGAAGGUGGUGCACUGAUAAUUAUGAAUAUUUAUGAAUAUCCUCUCAAAUCCUCUCAGAAAACCUGUCAACUUAUUUUUAGCUAUCUAGCUGUAUUAAGAUUAUUAACAUUAUGAAUAUGUCUUUAAAAAUCUGUCAGGUUAGCUGAUGUUGGCUAGCAGGCUAGCAUUAGCAAUACAGAUAACAUUUAUGAAUAUGACUUAAAAAGUCUCUCAGAAAUCCUGUCAGGCUUAUUUUAGCUCACUAGCAGAUUAUUAACAUUAUGAAUACAACUUUAAAAUGAAGAAUAUGAAAAAUAUUAACAUUAAGAAUAUGACUUUUAAAAAAUCCUCUCAGAAAACCUGUCAGGUUAGCUUAUUUUGGCUAGCUAGCAGAGUUAGCAAUGUUUUUGUUUUGUUUUUUUUCAUUUAUGAAUAUCCUCUCAAAUUGUCUCAGAAAUCCUGUCAAGUUAACUUAUUUUAGCCAGCUAGCUAAAAGUUGUACCUUUUAAGACUUAAAAAAAUCCUGUUGGAAAUCCUGUCAGGUUAGCUAACUGGCCAGCAAUAUAUCCUGUCAGGUUAGUUCAUUUUUGCUAGCUAGCUAUGGUUAGCAAUAAGUAUAUGUAACAUUUAUGAAAAUCCUCUCAAUUCUGAUCAGAAAUCCUGUCAUGUUUUCUUAUUUUAGCUAGCUAGGCAAAGGUUAUAGGUUAUACUUUCCUCUUGGAAAUCCUGUCAGGUUAGCUCACAUAUGGUAGCUGGCCAGAGUUACCAAUGAAUAUUAUUAACAACUAUGACUUAAAAACCUGUUAGCUAUAAGGCUUGUGUUAGCAGUGAAGAUGGGUUAAAGUUAGCAUUGAAGAUUGUUAAUACAUUUAUAAACAUGACUUUAAAGAUCAUUUAUGAAAUCCUGUCAGGUUAGGUUGUGCUACAUAGCCAGCUAUCAAAGUAAAAUAAAAAAGCAUAUGUAUGAAUGCCAAAUACUUUUUCUCCCUAUUUGGAAUAUUUCUGUAUUCCUUCUGGGGACUACAAUCUGCUGACAGAGGUCACUGAUCUCAAGAUUCUUCAGAAUUUUUAUGAAUGAAAGAAGUUUGUUUUUUUGAAUGAAUGAGUGCCUCUCUAGCAUCUCUCAGUGAUUAAUUAGAAUCUGGGUACUCCAGUCUGGAUUGCCCUUUUGAGAAAAGUGUCAACAGUGUGAAAUACGAUGCAAGAGGUUCGCAUUGCAGCUUUCUAAUAGUAUUACUCAAUAGUGUUCAGUGCGGCUGGGUCUGUAGUCCAGGAUUCUGCCAAAUAAAAGCACCGUCUAUGUCAUGUUUAAGUCUGUACCUGUCAGAUUAUAGAUGAACCAGACUGUAUGUCUGUGGCAUGUGGGCACAGCUGCGCUUUGCUCAUGUUGUAAUGUAAUUAGUGUAAACUCGUCUGUCUUAAUUCUACAGCAAUACUAUAGACUGAGACUAAAACAGAACCGUGUGGAGAGUAAAACUGAAACGCACAUGCCAAAUAGUGUCUCUUAGUCAGCCAUUCAUCCAGGAGGAUGCACAGGCAUGUACAAGCAACAAUAAGCAACAAGACGUGUGUACACCAUGUUAGUUUUCACAAACUAGUUGAGUAUUCAGGAACAGUGGGAAGCACAGGACACAGAUAUGUUUUCAGGUAUGUAAGCAUUUAGUGGCUGUUCCAAUAAACUGAAGUGCAUCAUUAGCGCCGUUCCUGCACUUUUCAUUCACUUAAUGAUCAAUUCCAGAAGUGUUCUUGCCUCUGUGAGGGCUGUCUAUGUGGUCUUAUGAGGGAAGACAGCCAGUCAUGGAUAGAUAGCCAUCCAAGUUUGCUGUUUUUACACCUAAACCAUAGUGCAAUUAAACCCAGUCACAGUGGUUAGCUUUGGACUAGAGUAUUAAAUGUUUACAAGGCAGAGUGUUUCAGCACAAAUCGUUCGCACAUACUUAUAUAAUUACUGUUGGGAAGCAAAUAGCAAAAUGGGUCGAGUUUAAGAAUUAAGUAGAAGUAGUACUCAUAAUAUUGCAGUGGGCUUUAAUGUCCAAACCAAAUUCAACGCAGCUUUGAAUGUCCGUCACACUGGCCUUUACUUGGGAGAAACAGUUAGGGAUGGACAUAGUCAAACAAUAUGACAUGCUUAAAAGAAUAUUUCAGCCAAAAAUUAAAAUGACCCAAAUUUGCAUUGAUCAGCUAAUGCUUAUUUGGCGUCUGAAGUUUGCUUUAGUUUUGCACAGAAUCAUUGAGGCUAAUGUUCUUGAUAAGUAAGAGAAGCUACCAGUAGCUACCAGUUUAGUAUCGUACACACUGCCUCCAUCCAGGCUUGUUCAGGAUCUCAGACAGACUAUCUCAUGUGGAUUCUAACACUGUUUGACACAGUUAUGUAUAAAAAUAAUUCGUGUUAACAUUUACGUUAUAGCAGCUAUAAAUACUGGUUCUCAAAUCAGCCUCUAUUUUCUCUCUUUUAAAGCUAAUAUGACAAAAGUUUGGCAUUUUACCAAGAAACCCAAAAUCGUAAACUUAUCUUUCCCGAAGACUUCCCCAUGGAGGAAAACUUACUGACCGUUACAAAGCUCUGACACUGGAGACUCCUUCCAUAAAUGGUAAACAUCUCAAGAGUUAUGCUUUUCUUUGCUAAAUAACACUUUUUUAAAUAGGAUUAUUGGCCUUAGAUUUUACUAUAGCAACAAUAGCAUAUUAGAAUAUAGACUCUAUGGAUGUAGAAAAGUAUUAGGUGUGUAGAUUCGAGAAUUCAACAGCACUGUGAUAUACGUCUACUUCACGUUUGUUUACAUAUUCUACUAUUUUUGCAAGUGUGUAAUGAUUUGAGCAGACAAUCUGCUCAAUGCUAAACUGGUAGCUAUAAGCUGCCCUUUCUUGUUAGCCACAAUAGCCUUCAGUGCAAAACUUAAAAAGCAAGCUUCAGGCACCAAAUAUAUCCUGGCUGAUAGACUGAGCUGGAGGUAAGGGAAAUGUUGUGGCAUUAAUCUUUGGUAAAACUAUUCCUUUAACAAAUGCAGAAAUGCCGUCACCAUGAGGGCUCGCACUAAACACACAAACGCACACACACGCUCACUCACACACGCACAUACAGAAACUCGCACCCACAGACCCGCUCAAGCACAAACUGGCAUGAAGAUUACCCCAUAUGCAUGCGUGCAUGCCUGCUGCCGUGCGGUCCACGUGCUGCCCACAUUGUGAAUAGAAAUUAAGUGCAUGAAGGGGAAUCGAAUGUUAAUUGUGCCAGCACGUGUCUUUUUUUUUUUUGGUGUUUAUCCUACCAACUAUCAAAUGAUUUAUCUUUAUAUUUCCUUUGGUGUUCAUAUUUUCAAAUGUAUUUAUUUUUAUCAAAAAAAGCUUGUGAAUACAUAAAUGUGUCCAAAAAUGAAUGUAGCGUGUAUAAGCAUGAGAGGAUGUUUUUAUACCGGGGAUGUUUCUAAUUUUUAUUUUUAAUCAUUAUGAUGGUUUCUAAUCAGAACAGUGGUGGAUUAUUGCAGCAUUGCUUCCUAUUAAAAUAUGAUCACUCAGUCAGGCCCUGUGGAUUUAUUUCCUUGUAGAAAGAUGAGCACGCACACACUCAGCCAGCAACAGCCAUCAUGUUUUAAAGAUGCAGUUUGUAAUAUUUUACUUGUCCCGUUUUAAAAAUAACAUUGGAAACUGUGA